AUGCAUCUUGGUGGUCCAAACAACCCCCCCAACCCUUCCAACCCCUCCAACCCCUCCAACUCCUCCAACCCCUCCAACCCCUCCAACUCCUCCAACCCCUCCAACCCCUUCCAACUCCUCCAACUCCUCCAACCCCUCCAACUCCUCCAACCCUUCCAACCCCUUCAACUCCUCCAACCCCUCCAACCCCUCCAUCAGGGCUGGACUGACCCUCCAACCCCUCCAACUCCUCCAACCCCUCCAACUCCUCCAACCCCUCCAACUCCUCCAACUCCUCCAACCCCUCCAACUCCUCCAACCCCUCCAACUCCUCCAACCCCUCCAUCUCCUCCAACUCCUCCAACCCCUCCAACCCUUCCAUCCCCUCCAACUCCUCCAACUCCUCCAACCCUCCAACCCCUCCAACUCCUCCAACCCUUCCAACCCCUCCAACUCCUCCAUCAGGGCUGGACUGACCCUCCAACUCCUCCAACCCCUCCAACUCCUCCAACUCCUCCAACCCCUCCAACCCCUCCAACUCCUCAAACCCCUCCAACUCCUCCAACUCCUCCAACCCCUCCAACCCCUCCAACUCCUCCAACUCCUCCAACCCCUCCAACUCCUCCAACCCCUCCAACCCCUCCAACUCCUCCAACCCCUCCAACCCCUCCAACUCCUCCAACCCCUCCAUCAGGGCUGGACUACCCUCCAACCCCUCCAACCCCUCCAUCCCCUCCAACUCCUCCAACCCCUCCAACCCUUCCAACCCCUCCAACCCCUCCAACUCCUCCAACCCCUCCAACCCCUCCAACCCCUCCAACUCCUCCAACCCCUCCAACCCCUCCAACUCCUCCAACCCCUCCAUCCCCUCCAACCCCUCCAACCCCUCCAUCCCCUCCAACCCCUCCAACUCCUCCAACCCCUCCAACUCCUCCAACCCCUCCAUCAGGGCUUGACUGA